AUGGCACAGAAAGAAGAUGAAGAAGAUAUUACGAACGGAGCGCAAUCAAUAGGAGGAGGAGGAGGAAACGGCGGAACACACGAGAAUAGCAACAAUAACCACAACGACUUAGAUGCUGGGCCUUACAAAAUUCCUACAUCCAAAACACAUAAUAAGCCAUUAAUAUCAACUAAUAGCGAUAGCAAUAAUGUCACGACGCAGGAUCCCUUCAACCCAGAUGCCCGACAAUUUGGGAAGAAUGAGCCGUAUUUCGAUGCGUCGACACCCAAAAAUGUCACGGCGCUCGUUGGAAAAUCCGCCUACAUGAAUUGCCGCGUGAGGAAUUUGGGCAAUAAAACUGUUGCAUUUGUUCGUCACAGAGACCUCCAUAUAUUAACUGUUGGAAGUUAUACAUAUACCACAGAUCAACGGUUUAUAGCAACGCACCACAAAAAAACUGACGAAUGGACAUUACAAAUUAAAUGGACACAGAAAAGGGAUGCGGGGGUCUACGAAUGUCAGAUAUCAACGCAGCCUGCACGUAGUUAUUUCAUUUACUUGAGUGUUGUUGUUCCUACUGCCAGCAUUUUAGGCGGACCCGAUAUAUAUGUAGACAAGGGAAGCAUGAUAAAUCUCACUUGUACAGUAAAAUACAGUUCAGAGCCUCCUGCUUAUAUUUUUUGGUAUCAUCAUGAAGAGGUAGUGAGUUACGAUUCUCCGCGUGGCGGCGUAUCUGUGAUAACAGAAAAGGCAGAAGUAACAACGUCCUAUCUCCUCAUCCAAAAUGCCGAUACCGCGGAUUCGGGGAAAUAUAUUUGCGCGCCAUCGAAUGCGGAUGUCGCUACUGUGAGAGUUCACGUGUUAAAUGGUGAACAAUUGGAUUAUCAAAAAAUAAAUAGCGGCGUUGUGAGAUGGCCAUUGAGCAAUUGCAUUUAUUUAAUUUUAUUCAUUCUGCUAAAUAUCACGUCGAUAUUCAAUUAUCUUGGUGCGGAGAUGCCGCAUCUGUCACGAUCAUCAUCAUCAAUGCAUCAUCAAUCAAUUAACAGAAUUUUACAUGUGAAUAAUAUUGACACAGACAACAGGUGAUAAAUUAAUGAAUGCGGAUUUUUUCUGUUGUUUCGUUAGGGGCGUGCACGAAUUUUACUCGUGCAUGAGUAAAAAAAUUGUAAUUAAAUCAAAUAAUUAAAAUAAAUUGUUUAGAUUUCAUGCCCAACAAAAUUUUUAGAAUGAAUAAAGU